CUUCCGGUGUUAUGGCGGCUUGAGGUCUCGGCAGUCGGCGAGGCGGCUGCAGGCACCUCCCUGCGGAGCCGCUGGUCCGGCAGGCGGGGAUGUGACCGCGGGCCCUGCCGGCCUGCCCCGGGCGUCGCCUCAGCUCCCGUGCCAGCGCCCUCCGUCCGCACCGAUGGCGGGGUCCGGCUGCGCGUGGGGCGCGGAGCCGCCGCGGUUUCUGGAAGCCUUCGGGCGGCUGUGGCAGGUACAGAGCCGCCUGGGGAGCGGCUCCUCGGCCUCGGUGUAUCGGGUGCGCUGCUGCGGCACUCCCGGCUCGCCCCCCGGCGCCCUCAAGCAGUUCUUACCGCCGGGAACCACCGGCGCUGCGGCCUCGGCCGCCGAGUAUGGUUUCCGCAAAGAGAGGGCGGCGCUGGAGCAAUUGCAGGGUCACAGGAACAUCGUGACUUUGUAUGGAGUUUUUACAAUCCAUUUCUCUCCGAAUGUGCCAUCACGCUGUCUGUUGCUUGAACUCCUGGAUGUCAGUGUUUCGGAAUUGCUUUUAUAUUCCAGUCAUCAGGGUUGUUCUAUGUGGAUGAUACAGCAUUGUGCCAGGGAUGUUCUGGAGGCCCUUGCUUUUCUUCACCAUGAGGGUUAUGUCCAUGCAGACCUCAAACCACGGAACAUAUUGUGGAGUGCAGAGAAUGAAUGUUUUAAACUCAUUGACUUUGGACUUAGCUUCAAAGAAGGCAAUCAGGAUGUGAAGUAUAUUCAGACAGACGGGUACCGGGCUCCAGAAGCAGAGCUGCAGAAUUGCUUGGCCCAGGCCGGCCUGCAGAGUGACACGGAGUGCACCUCAGCCGUGGAUCUCUGGAGCCUGGGAAUCAUUUUACUGGAAAUGUUCUCAGGAAUGAAACUGAAACAUACAGUCAGAUCUCAGGAAUGGAAGGCAAACAGUUCUGCUAUUAUCGAUCACAUAUUUGCCAGUAAAGCCGUAGUGAAUGCCGCAAUUCCAGCCUAUCACCUAAGAGACCUUAUCAAAAGCAUGCUUCACGACGACCCAGGCAGAAGAAUCCCUGCUGAGAUGGCACUGUGCAGCCCCUUCUUUAGCAUUCCUUUCGCCCCUCAUAUUGAAGAUCUGGUGAUGCUUCCAACUCCAGUGCUAAGGCUACUGAAUGUGCUAGAUGAUGAUUAUCUCGAGAAUGAAGAGGAGUAUGAAGAUGUUGUAGAAGAUGUAAAAGAGGAGUGUCAAAAAUAUGGACCAGUGGUCUCUCUCCUUGUUCCAAAGGAAAAUCCUGGCAGGGGACAAGUCUUUGUGGAGUAUGCCAAUGCCGGUGAUUCCAAAGCUGCUCAGAAAUUACUGACUGGAAGGAUGUUUGAUGGGAAGUUCGUUGUGGCCACAUUCUACCCGCUGAGUGCCUACAAGAGGGGAUAUCUGUACCAAACUUUGCUUUAAUCAGUAACCUGAGGACUCUUUCCUGUUUCUCCUCCAUUUCCUGGGUUAUUGUAUUCUACAUCUGAAUGCAGAAGUACCCCCUUACCACUUUAAGGGAAUACUUUGUACAUUUAUUUAAUCCUACUAACGUGCUCAAGCAAUGACUGCCUUGCAAACAUUUGGCACUGAGUAGGACAAGACCUCUCAGCUAUACAUUGAGGGGUUUUAGAGCAUCCAUAUGGGCAACCUUUUGUUUUGUGCAGUAGGCCAAGUGCUGCUCUUCAGUGUGUAACCUGAAAAGAUACUAAUUAUUUCACAUGAUCAUGAAGCAAGGAUGAAUAAUAUCAUGUCAUAGUGAACAUUAACAAGUUUGUUAGAGUCGGUGACAUCACUUCCAGAUUAUUCCUUUAUGUUGUCAGGUGGUUCUUCCUUAUCACUGAUACCCAUAGCUGGCACUGGAUGUUCCCAGUAAUUGUUAAGUGAUUGUCCAGCAGCAAUUACCUACUGUGUUCUUAACACUGAGUUACGAAUUUUUUUAAAGGAGUACUGUAGUCCUGAAUAUUCCUUUAAAGAAACUGCAGUGAGCCUAUCUACUUUUUUUUUUUUUUUUUUUUAAUUAAGGCUUUUAAAAUAGAAAGCUGAUGCUUGAUCUUGCACAAUUUUUAUGUCUAGUUUGUAUGUUUGAGUGAGUGUGCGGGAAUGAAAGACUAGAGGAGAUUUGAGUCGGCGUGCUUUCUAGCGUGAGUCUUGUGAGCUCAUACAGUCUGUACCUGUCUCUUUCCUAGCUGUUUCAUGUCUGUAAGACUUAGGAUAUAUGUUUUUUGAGAGUUGGUCUCAUGGAAUGUAAAUGAGAAAAUAGUUCAUUCCUGAGAGGCUCAGAACAAAUGAGUCUAGACUGGGUUAAACUGAAACUCUUAAAUUGGUUGGAACGAAGCAAAAGUUUUGCUACGCGUAUCUUGCCCCAUCCUCCAGGCUCCUUUAGAACCUGUAUUAGCUCAUCUUUUCUGUACUGAAUCUCCUGUGAUCAUUGUAAGAUUUCUCAAGAUCGAGUUCUGUUUACUAUGAUGGAAAUUGAAGUGGGUCAAAAAGAAAGAAUUAGAUGUUCAGUGAAGGGAAAGGGAAAGAAAAAAACUAGGCAAAGAGAAAGUGGAUAAUCCGGGAUUCUUGUUUUCCUUCCUCUCUUUCUCUGCCAUCGCCCUCCCUUUACUACUUUUCCUUUUCCCCAUUCUUUGCCUGCCUUCAUGGUCGAAGAAAAGCCAGAGGGGUGGCAUCCCAGACCGUCUGGCUUCUGACUGCAGGGAAGUUAGGAAAGGUGUAGCUCUAAUAAGAUGGAGGGAGAAAGGAAGAAAAACUCAUCAAGAAUUCAUGAAAGGAUUUACAGCAAUCCAUUGUGUCCCUGAGCACAGGAUGCUUGUGCGCACGCAUUCGUGGACAUGGGUUGAUUACAUGGUUUUAGGAGUGGUAAUCAUGGAUUCCUCCCACGUUAUGGUAGGUUGACUUUAAAGGUUUAAAACUUGGGAAACCUUUUUAAAGCACUGAUUAUACAAAAAAAAAAAAAAAAAAAAAAGGAUACAGGCUAUGAAUUUUUUUCUUGUUUCCUUAUCUAAAUGAAAUUAAAAAUGUUUUUUCCUAAGGAAAAAGCCUUUCAUAUCUUUCCCUGCUGGAAGCCGCUUCGUACAGUCUGUGUGUGUUAACGAGAGCCCAGCUAAGAAUUUACAUUUUAGAGGAUGGAUUCUUUUACCCUAUUCAAACACUUGCUAUUUGACAUUUGAGUUAUUUACAGUUACCAUAAUUAUUCAGGACUCUCCCUUAAUGUUUAUUAUGAAGCCGAAUUUGGUAUAAAGAGGCGGAUUUAUGAAUUGCCUGAAGGCCUUGUGGCAUCGUCCCCAAGGGAAGAUUAAAUCGUAAGUGCCCUUAGAAGGAAGAUGUGUUGUUUUUCAUUCUGGCCGUCUCAGAAAUUGAUUAGCUGGUUUGUUUUCAAAUACAAGUUCAAGAGAGUAUAACCAGUACUCUGGAAACGUAAACUUUCCUAAAACAUAAAUGUUUAUGUGGGUAGCAGCUUCCAUGGUGAUUAAAAACGCCAGGUCCUUCUGUGCAUACCGAUGAACAUGGAAUACAAGUGAGUUCUUUUAAGAGCAGGCAUCCCAGGUCGGCACCUGUACCUUUCUCAUCCGCCUCCACCCCCACAGAGAAGAAACCCUCACAAAUAAACUGCAGGGAGGCUUCUAAGCUUAGUGAUGCCACGUGCUGCUAGCGUCGUGAUGCUGAAUGUCACGGCAUUCUUCGUCUUCUUAUUGCCGAUAUAUUCAUACCUAUAUGUAGUGUUUGACACUGUAGAAUUUUAUUACAGAAGAUCCUAACUAGAUUUUCAGGGGGCCAAGGGACUAAUUGAUGAGCCUGAGUACCGUGCAUUGAAUUAAAUAUUUUAUAUUAAAGCCACCAAAUUGAAAAAAGAUGCCUCCUGUGAUGUAAAUUGUGAUUUUAUAGCUUUUAGCCCAUUACUACCAAAGAUGACGUUUGCAGAUUCUCCCUCCCUCCCCCGAUACUGUAAGAAGUUUAAUCUUCCUGUCUUUCUCAAACCUGAACCAAAUAUUAUCAAAAGAUGCGAUUUUUAUGAUUCUUUUAGGGUGAAAUAUAUACACACAUUUUGAUUCCUCGAAGUUAUUAAAAACCUAGGAAUUUUCUUUUUGAGAGGUAGGGUAAAGAGGUGCGGCUUUUUGUCACUUAAACCUUACUCUUUCGGACAAAUUUUAUCUCAGGUAGUUUUUCUUUCCCUAAGUUAGUGUCUCUGCUUCCUUCCCUCUUGCCUUGCUGGUUCCUCAUUCUGUGGUAUCGUCACGAUACACUCUUGGCCCAGAAAAGACAUAUAAACUGAUUAUUCUGGAGGAAAUCUUUGGUCCUUUGGAAACAUUUGGGGGAGGUGGCCAGCUAGCCACUUUGAAAACUUGAAUGCUCUCUUUCUAGGAGAGCAGGUGGAGUCAGACACACCUCGUUAAAAGAUAAUUGGCUGCAUUUUAAAGUUGCCCUCUUGCAGUAAGAGAUUGCCCUUAUUGCCACCGGAUGUCUCCCCUUUUUUGUGGCCAUCCGUGUAGCAACUCUGUAGAGACAUUCCCUCUCUGUUCCGCCUUGAGCCCAAACUGGCUGCUUUUAGAACAAAAACCGUAAAAUACAGGUUUUCUCCUCCUUUCCCUUGUUUUCACUGAGACAAGUAUUGCCUUCCUUUUGGUACUCCAGCUGCUAAAGCGUGCAGAGAUAUGUUAAAUUAACCUUUAAAGGAAAAAAAUAUCCUUGAAUUCUUAACUUGCCUUCUAGAUUCAUGUUCCUUCUACUGAUACUUUAACCUCUGAGCAGAUUUGUGAUAGGGAGUGCUGGCUGCCAGAAACCGUGCUGCCAGGUGGAGGAAGUCGAAGAGAGACUGUGGCCAUAAGGUUUGUUUCGGUUUUGUCACGCUGGGCUUACCCCCUGCUCAGGGCAUCAGUUACCCUUCUGGAAUAACCGAAACAGUCCUGGCACUCUGGUGCUGCCUCCUGGCUCCUUUGGGUGUGUUCAUCAGAUGCAGGGAACUCCCAUUUUGUCGUCAUUUUCUUCUCAGGUCUUGUGUUCUGACUUUAUUAGGCGUAUCUUACAUCAUUUCUACCGUCCGUUUUCCUCCGCAGCAUGACAUUUCAGUUGGUGUAAUUUAUUAUGAAAAUCAGCGCCAGAGGAACUGAUGGUAAUUACAAUAACAUAGUUACUGGGUGAGGGCGUGGGAGAGACACUCUCACUGUGUGCUUCCCCUAGAGUUUUAUGCAAGGGUCCAUGCUAGGUGGCUUUAUUCAGAUUAGGGUACGGAUGGAAUCGUAUCACGACUAAAUUUUAGUCUGGUGGGUGUGUAGACAAAGAAUUAAGCAAGUGCCUUGUGUUUCCUGGAAAAUAUUAAAACUCAUUUGGGUGAAAGCUCCCAGAUGAUGCUAAUUUCUUGCACCUCUGCCUUUUCCUUGGAAGAACUUUUGGAUGGAGUCACAUAGUAUAAAAGUCCAGAAUGUCCUUGGUUUACCUUUUUAUGUAUGUGUGAAACUAUUCGUAUUUGAUUUUUCCCCCCAAUAUUGCAUAUGAUGGAAAGCCAGAGUUAGCUGGCAGAAUGUAAUUCUUCCUGGGACCUCGUUCCAUUUUUAACGCUAGGUUCCUUCUUCAAAUCCUACUGCUCUCGCUCUCUGAUAGAAUUAAUUUCCUGGCAGGUAUGGUCACACGCCGACCAGCUUUUGGUCAUGAUUAGCUCAAAGGAAUUUCCAUUUCUUCUUCAGGUGCUCAGUAAGGCACCUUUACUUGAGAUGGUAGUCUUUCCAAGUGAGUGUUACUAGUAAGCUUUCACCGUGAGUGGGAAGAUGUUGAGUCUCUAUAACGUGGAACUCUUCUGAACCUCUUGUGGUAUAUUUGGAUAAGUUACAUUUUCUUAGUUACAGGGGAACAUGCAUAUUUCCAUUUUCAGAGUAUCCAGAAAUUUGAAGAAUUUGUUUUGUCUAAGGUUAGCUGCUUCUCCGCCUGAUCCUGCGGGACGUUGUGUUUUGUUCCCUUAGCCACCUCUCCCACCUCAGUGUUUUCCACUGUUGUUUUUAAUUGUAGGAUGAUCAGUAGAUUGACACAGUGGCAUGUAAUCAACAGGCACUGUGGAUAUUUAAGAAGGAGAUAAACAGUUGUAACUAUUUUUGCUGCAGUUUUAUAGGAGAAAUGGGCUAUAAAAGAAAUAUCUAUAAACCAGAGAGCAUUUAGGAAAUUGUAUAUUUUAUAGGUGGUAAUUAAGGUGAUCUUCAGGAUAUAAGAUAGAGAGUUUAUGCAACUUUUGUUUUCCUGAUGGAAAGUUUUUAUUCAUCUUCCUAUAUACAGCUCAGCACUUUCGUUGUCCCUUAUAUUGCUUAUGAGGAUUAAUGUUUUAAAUUCGCUGUGUUUGUGCUUUUCAGAGAGUUGUCGUAAUCAUGCGGUUACGUUUAUAUCCCCGUAAAUGCUGGGAUUCGUGGGAAACUGAUCAGAUGACUGCCCGGGUGUUAUUUCCUAUUCAACAGAGUAACUUCCACAGUACCCUAAAGGAAACUGGUGUGUGUUUUAUGACCUAGGUUCCCAGUACUUUCAUUUAGAGGCAAAGAGAAGCAUUCUAUCUUACUUGCCUUACCCGACCAUUAAUCCUUGUUGUGCAGAAGAGAGCUUAUUUUGUUAGACUCUCUCGACUGUCGGCAAGAGAAUUAUAUCUAGUCACUGUCUCCCAGUUUGCAGCUGCCUUCCCUUCCAGGCUCCCCUCUUACUGGUACUCACAAAGUCAGGACUGUGUUAAAAGCAGACGUGGUGAGGUGUUGUAAAUCAUGCGAAUGGACGCAGAAUCUCUUCGGUUAUUGGAAUUCUGUAUCGCUGUGUGAUUUUGUUAGCGUGGGUUGUCAGAAAUCUGCCAAAUUUAAGAGUCAGGAAGAGAAAGAAAAGGAAUAAAAGAGGUGAGGGGAGGAAAAUGGCUUCCUUACUGGUAUUAGUAAUCUCCCAUAUAGCUUAUGAUCUAAAAGCGAUCAUUUAUUUUGAAAAAUCCAGGUGUGGUGCUUGUAGCAUAGAAUAGAACAUUGCCUUUCCUACACAUUCCUCAUCGUUGUCUCCCCAGAAAAUUAUUUUUAGAGUUUAUAAACCCAGAUUAAAUAUCCAUAUUCAGUUUGGCUUAAUUUUUAAAAACAAAUAUUUAAACUCCAGUUUUUGUGUUUUUGAUAUACAUCAACAGUCGUGCAGAUCAAGGAUCGGAAAGGAACCGGGGAUUAAGCAUCUCUACAUUUCCCUUUGCACAUUGGGUACAGGGGGUAUUAGUAUGCACCAGCCGCAACGUUCUAGCACCUUAUGGAAGGAAGUAAGUCAUGAUUAUUUAUUAUAAUUAAAAAAAAAAGUUAAGCUGCAUCUCUGUAGAAUACUUACUCUGCAGAGUGAAGCUGUUCUGUCUUUUCCAGCAGGAUUGACUCUUUCACUCUUAAGUCUUUAUUGAGAAAAUCUUAAAUGGUUUAACAUUCCUUUAUAUCCUCUUACCAGUGUCAAAUGUGGGGCAGAAGGGAUAUUUUUUCCCAAAAAGGGCUCCGUCUUUGUUACCCAUUGGUCACUCUUCGAAAUCCAAUCACGAUCAAUAGAUUUUAACAGUUGAUGGCUUCCUCUAUCGGCACUGGAGUGGUUGGUUGUGAAGGUUAUCAUCUGCUACUCUUUUCCCUCAGAAAUCUGCACUUGCCGUGUUUUGGAUAAGAAGGUUUGGUGGGACAGAAUGUGAAAGAUCACUCAAACCAAAGCCAGUUCAAAGGAGUAUUCUCUCCUGUUGGUUUACCUCCACCUCGGAUCUACAAGGAUAUUACAGUACACAGUGAACAGUCUGUUAACAUUUCUACCAGGUUUUCAGUAGCAUAUCGGUCUUGGCAUUUCUUGGCACUGUGGUUCCCUGUCCUUGGUGAUGUCUUAUUAUUUGUGAGUUUUUGUUGGUUGGGUUUUGUUUUUGGGUUUUUUUUUUGUUUUUUUUUUUUUAAUAACUAAACGGGACUAUAAAUGUAGAUGUGUAUCAGUACCAAGAAGUCCUUUUCUGAAAUCCCUAAAUUCCUGAUUCCUACUCAAGUCUUUUAAACUUGUUUUUUCUUGCUGAGUAGCAAAGAACUUUUAUUUUUCACUUUCCUAUAUACCUAAAAAGUAUGGACACUGCGUUUCAAUGGACCGUGUUGCGUACAGUUUUUUGCCGAAAACUUUUUCUGUAAACACAAUUGCCUUGUUCAGUUUUGUUGUAAACUGACUUACCGUAAGAUGCACUGUUGAUAUGCUUUCUGAUGUGUGUUUGAUAAGGGUGAUAAAAUAAAGCUUAAAAAUAAA